CACUCAAAAUGUAAAACAUGUUUUGCACAUGACAACAUGUGAAAAAUCCUGUUUUUUUAAUGUUUUAUGUGAUUUUUUUGGGACUCUAAACUAAAUGAGAAUAAAAGGGAGGGAUGCCGCUACCUGAGCUCUCAGCAAACAAAACAAUAAGUGAGGAAACAUCAGAAGCAACAAGCAUCUCUGCCUGUUCCACAGCAGUGACGUUAUUUGUUUGAGUCGACAGUGACAAACAACAACGUGUCACGCUAAGUUAAUCUUUGACACCUCUCUCUUCCACCUCCACUCCCACUUCUUCCUCAUUCAGCUCCUCCCAUUAAAUGUUUUCCUCAAAGAAGAAGAAGAAGAAAAAAAGAUGGACACCUCAGGUUAAACCCAAGUCCAAAAUAAAUGGCCUUCUUCCCUGAGGCUGGAGUCAUUUUAAUAGUGCAGAUUUAUUGUGCUGCUUUUUGGAGGGCGAUCAUAUAUGUGUGGUCAGUAGAGCGUACGCAGUCUGUGACCCAGCCUCCCUCUCACGUUACACCCUAUUUAUAACAUCCCCUCGGCUGGCUCCCCUCGUUCUGCAGUUCCUACSAACCUCUCGUGCUUCCAGCCUCGAGCUCCACUCCUCUGUUCCUCCUGACAUCUGAGAAGCUGUGCUGCAGCCGGUCCCGGGCUAACUGUUUAUGCUGCACAGCCUGCCGAGCAGCCGUAUGCUCCGGAUUACCCCAGGACACCCGUUUCACAGCUCGCGCUGUCUGCUCUGACUGAUCCUCCUGACUGAAGGAGAGUGUUGGAUAUGUGCUUGUGAUUUUCUGUGUUUCUUGUUGAGUAAGGAACUUCAUCCCUUUGAGUUGRCCAUCUCCUCUGGGAGGCCUGGUGUGUUCGGACCCCAUGGAUCACACACUGUUUGGGUGCCUGCGGAGCCCCCACGCCCCGGCGCAGACCCUGCAUCCCGCCUUCACCCAGUCCCCCCUGACCCUCCACGGACGCUCAGACCACAUCACCUACCCCGACCUGGCCUCCUCGUCCUCCUCCUCCUCCACGUCCUCGCCCUCGCCUUGCGUCAUCUCCAGCUACCCGGCCGACGACGGCCUGUUUCCCGGGCAGCCCCACCACCACCACCACCGGGCCCACCUGCCCUCGCAGCAGCAUCACCACCCGCCUCAGCACCACGCGCCGUGGCACAUCCCACAGAUGCCGUCGCCCGGCGGCGCCGCACGCCACGGCCUCUGCCACCCGCACUCCCUCCCCUCGCACGACAGCAGGCCCYCGGCCCCGGACCUGGGCCACCCCGGCGCACCCAGCAUGUGCGCCAGCACCCCCACACUGGGCAACAGCAGCACCCCCACAGGGGCCUCCUGCGUGCCGUCGGACUUUGGCAGACAGACUCUGUCACCUGCUGAAGCCGAGAAGAGGAGCAACAAGAGGAAAAGUGACAGUUCAGAGUCCCAGGAUGGGAAUUACAAGCCAGACGUGAGCAGCAAGCCCAGGAAGGAGCGGACGGCGUUCACCAAGGAGCAGAUCCGAGAGCUGGAGGCCGAGUUCGCUCACCACAACUACCUAACCAGGCUGAGGCGCUACGAGAUCGCCGUCAACCUCGACCUCACUGAAAGACAAGUGAAGGUGUGGUUCCAGAACAGGAGGAUGAAGUGGAAACGGGUGAAAGGAGGCCAGCAGGGCGCGGCGGCUCGGGAGAAGGAACUGGUGAACGUGAAAAAGGGAACGUUACUGCCGUCAGAGUUCUCCGGCAUCGCUGUCCUCCACCACUCGACGGACUCCUUAGCCAACGAGGACAGUCACGACAGCAACGAGAGCUCUGACCACGCCCAUUUAUGAUACACACAUGCUCCUACCCCACCCUGGACCUUCUUUAGAGGGACUGCUGCCUGAUGAGUCACAGUCGUCAUACAAUGAUGAUUAAUAACAGAGAACUGAUGAGCGUUACACAAGGCAACAUGUACGUUUUAAGAACAGAGUACCAUUCGUUGAAAGGUUUGCUUAGAAAAAAGCCAAAAAAAACCCCAACUUUUUAACUUUUUAAGUGUGACAUAGCGGUAUAACAAUUCCUAAACAUUGCAGUACAUGUUGAAAUAUGUUGAAAAUCUUAUUUAGUUGAACUGUUGCAUUCCAUUUGUGUGUCUUUUGAGCAGGCUAAAGCUUUGAUUUGCACUGUUGAACUUYUGGUCUGCACCUCAACUGGUUUCUACUGUAAAAAAAAGAAACAUGUAAAUCAUGAUGUAAUUAAGGUAUUAAUUCAGUCACUUGUGAGGAAAAUCUAAUUUGCCUUGCAAAUAUAAAUGAUGUGUAAAUAUUCCUCGGUUUUGCCUUACUUUAAGUAUAGUUACAUACCCAGACUGUUCAGCUCACGGAAUAAUAAACACUGACAGCUCUUCAAAUGACACCUUCCUGCCCAGAGAUCUGAAAUCCUUUCAGAGACAGUUGCAAAUUGAAUAAAACCAAACRGGUGGAAAAAGUCA